AUGCCUGCUGUCAGAUCUUGGCUUUAUUUUGUUGGCUUAUUGACUGUUCUUCACUUAUCUGCUGUGCCAACAGGGAGAUCCAACACAAGUGAGGAGACUUGUGAUAACAUACCACGUAUAAAGGAGAUGAAUUUUUCACAUAAACACCAAAAUCCAUAUAUCACAGAAUCCUCGCAGUUCAAUUCUGUUGAAGAUGGUCCUAGAAUUUUAGAUCCAGCAGUGAACAAGAGAACAUCUACACAUACAAGAAAUUUUAUUAAAACAAACCCUAGCUAUCUCCGAACACUUGGUCAAACACAUGCUGGCUGGAUCUUUGGAGCAGUAGCAGAGCUCAUAGAUAACUCCAGAGAUGCUGGUGCAUCCAGAUUGGAUAUUUCCAUCCAAUCUAUGUUUUCAAAGAAAGCAAAAGGAAAAGUUCCUGUCUUAUGUGUAUCUGAUGAUGGCCAUGGAAUGACUUACGAGGAAAUGAUGAGAAUGGUCUCAUUUGGUCACGACAAACCUAAUGAAUACUGCCAGGAUCAGAUUGGGAGGUUUGGAAUUGGAUUUAAGAGCGGGGCUAUGAAACUUGGGAAAGAUGCACUAGUGCUUACCCAAACUUCAACUUCCAGAUCAGUGUCCUUUCUUUCCCAGUCCUUCAAUGACAAGAAAGAUAAUAUUGAGAUCCCUGUGGUGACAUAUUGCAAAGAAGGACAAUACAUGGAAGUUGAUUUGGAUGUCCAUUCUAAAGCUGCUGCAGAGCAUAACCUCGAUGCAAUCAAGGAAUUUUCUCGGUUUAAUGAGUACUUCAUUGGAGAAAAAGUGGGGUUAUUUGGUGAAGACGGUACUGGUACACAGGUUUAUAUAUGGAAUUUAGACAGAUGGGGUGAAGAUUACGCCUUGGAAUGGAACCCCGAGAGGACUGAUGAAAAUCCUGCUGGUCAUGGUAACGGAGACAUAUUAAUCCGUUCAAAAAGAGUCAGAUCACGUCCAAGACAGACAAGUAAAGAUGUGCCAUUGGAUUAUUCGCUUAAGGCUUAUCUAGAAGUUAUGUUCCUGAAUCCUCAGAUGAAGAUCACUGUCCAAGGUCAUAACCCGUCAUUUGGAGAAAACCCUUGA